AUGUUGGGCCAGGUGCUCAGGAGGUCAAUUCACACUGAACGUGUACUCCAACUAGUGUCACAAAGUCUUUCUACCAAAAAAGGACGCCAGCUCAAGGAGAUCAUGAACCAUAGUGGCUUAGCCACAAGUGGACUUAAGAAGGAACUUGUAACCCGUCUCCAGAAUCACUAUGAAAGAAUCAUCACCAAUGGAAAUGUUCAUGGAGAAUAUAUUCGUGAAAAAGCUCUUCCAUCUUCUGUAAUCUCAUUCGAUCUUGGCUAUCGUAACAUGGCUUUUUGUCAUCUAGACAGUACCAACACCAUCCGUAACUGGAUCCGCGUUGAUCUAGCUUUGCCGUCAUUUCAUCCAUCAAUUACAGCUCCCUUGAUACGUCAAUUUGUACACUCCCAAAUUGCACCAUUGAUGAACCAAGCAGGAGCUGUGGUUGUUGAACAACAAAGAUAUCGGUCAGGGGGUGCACAUAGUGUGCUAGAGUCUACAAUCAGAGUCAAUGCUAUAGAAGCAAUGAUGUGGUAUGCUCUUGAAGAAAUUAGAACCACCAAUAUCAUGUUGAUGGAACCAAUUCAACGUGCAGCAGUUGAUAAAACCUGGGAUGAAGCGCUUAAGGGAUGGACAGAUGAAAGUCUGCGGCGGUAUUAUGGCAAAAAGAAGGCGUGUGUGGUUUUAGUCAAUACUUUACUCGAGAAAAAGCAAGAUAUAUUGUGUCCCGAUAACAUAUUAGAGACAUACAAGCAGGAAAAGAAGCAGGACGAUCUUAGCGAUAGCUUAUUACAAGCAAUGGCGUGGUACAAAUGGCGCCGGUUUUCCUUGGAUAUGAUUGAUGCGACGAUAAUUGAACAUGCUGAAUAA